AUGUCACCUUUUACCAUAUGGAACGAAAAUAAACUUGCUGGACCCAGCGACCUUCGCAAAGCAUUUGAUGAACUCACGGAACCUUUGAUCUCCACAUUCCUGCCGGGCGGAGCAAGAUCGAGAGUUAGCGAGCUGGGGUCAACUUGCCUGGAAGCUGCUGCCGAGUUUGAAGGCUAUCUGAGGCCGUUGUGGGGAAUUGUGCCUUACCAGUACGGUGGAGGAAAUUUUGGCCAUUGGGACUUGUAUCGUCGAGGACUAGUGAAUGGAACAAAUCCUCAUCACAAAGAGUUCUGGGGAUACCCCAAUGACUACGACCAAUUGUUGGUGGACCUUGCGGCGAUUGGAUUUGCCUUGUGUUUUGUGCCUGAGCAUAUUUGGGAGCCAUUGAACGAAAAUGAAAAAUUGGGAGUUGGAGACUACCUUUUGAAAGCAAGGUCAAAGACAUAUUGCCAUAACAAUUGGAAGUUUUUCCGUGUGAUAGUCGAUCUAGGUCUCGAUAGUGUUGGUGUAAAGUACGACAAGAGGGGCACAACAAAUUAUCUCGAAGAUUUGGAUCUGCUUUAUCUUGGCGACGGCUGGUAUGGAGAUGGAAAACCACACAGAAUCGACAACUACAACGCAUUGGCGUUCCAUUUCUAUGGACUAAUCUACACCAUAGUCAUGAAAGACAAAGAUCCCGAAAGGUGCAACAACUACCUAGAACGUGCAACUCUUUUUGCUCAGCAGUAUAUCCACUGGUUUGAUGAUAAUGGCGCAUGUAUUCCAUAUGGAAGAUCAUUGAUUUACCGCUUUGCUACUUCUGGCUUCUGGGGGUUGUUACCUCUAGCUUUGGACCCUCAGAAAGAGCCUGAAAUUCCUUGGGGUGUAAUGAAAAGUUUGUACCUUAAGAGUCUUCAAUGGUGGUCCACACAACCUAUCAACGAAUUUGGUGCAAAUUUUCUUUCACUUGGAUAUUCUUAUCCCAACGGUUAUAUGAUGGAAAGGUACAAUUCUCCACAAUCUCCAUACUGGUCGUUCAAGGGCUUUUCAGGACUUAUGCUCAGUGAAGAUCAUCCAUUUUGGAAAUCGGAACCUGUUGAAUUGAAUUGGUAUUUUACCCAAAAUAAUACAAAAUUGCUCUCUGUGGCCGGAAUGUCAAUUAGCCAUUCUCCAGGUAAUACGAUUGCACUUAUAAAUGGACCUUGGCAUGAUGAGUACCAGAACGAAAAGUACACAAAAUUUGCAUACUCAACCCGAUUUGGUUUCGGGGUUGUUAGCAACUCAAGAACAUUCCAACUAGCUCAUUUGGAUAAUUCUCUCGGCUUCAGCUUCAACAACCAAGACUUCUUAGUGAGACAGAAUUAUAGAGCUUUUGUGAGUAAUAAUCUCCUAAAAUCCGAGUGGAUUCCUACAGAAGGAAUCACAGUGGAGUCCUGGAUUAUUCCUAAGGAACUGUAUCAUAUCAGAAUACACUAUAUUGAGAAUCAGACGAGUUCCAUAGUCAACACUAGAGAAGGAGGUUUUGCAAUCUCAGUGAACAAGAAGAACUCUGUCAAACAAGUCGCUGAAGAAAAUGUCGCUACGGCUAGUACAGAAGAUGAUUUCAGCGAGAUUGUUGAUUUGGGUAAUAAUAGAGAGGCUCUUGUUUGCACUCCAGAGCCAAACACGAAUAUAUUGUCGUCGAAGGUUCUCCUCCCAGAAUUGGUGGGUCGUAUUGGCGCAAAUUCCAAGGUCAAAUAUGCAUGCCUUGUAUUCGGUCAAUCUGUGAAAGUUCAAAAACCAGAUAUGAAGGUGGAAUUACCGCUGGACGCAGAGUUGACCAAAUUGCUGCAAAAAAGCAGAGAGGGUGUGCUGCAAUGA